AUGUGCACUGAUUUCAUCUUUCUCGAAUGGCGGGAAGCCUGCGAGCAGAGGGGCCCUCCCAAGUCAACUCUGCAUCAGCUUUCCACCCACAGGUAUCAGCACACGGUUCGUGUCUGUGCCCUUCAGGAGGACCUGAGCACUCCACCUUAUGGAGACUUGACCGAGGCCGUGGACGCCCACGUGGGGAAGCACGACUUUGAGGAGUGCAUUAAGAAGGCGCUCAGGAGGAAGACCAUUGUCCUGGUGACCCACCAGCUGCAGGACCCUGAGCACAUUUAUGAUGCAGCAGUGGUGGAAGCCCUUAAGGAGAGCCCUGCUGAGAGAGAUGAAGACACUGGAGAUGAGAAACAUGAUGGAAAAGAACCUGAAACAGAAUCAGAGUUUGUAGACGUGAAAGGACUUGUGUUUGUCCCCACCAUUCCUCUGCACCAGCUCAUCCAGACCGAGUCCCCCCGGGGAGGAACCGUGACCUGGAAAACUUAUCACACGUACAUUAAGGCUUCUGGAGGGUACUUCCUCUCUCUCUUCGUGGUGUCUCUCUUCCUCCUGAUGAUCGGCAGCUCUGCCUUCAGCAACUUGUGGCUGGGUGUCUGGUUAAACAAGGGCUCACAGAUGACGUGUGGGCCUCACGGCAACAUGAGCACGUGCGAGGUGGGCCCGGUGCCAGCAGACACCGGGCCGAGGGUGUACCAGUGGGCGUACGCAGGGAGCGUGGUGUCCGUGCUGGUGUUUGGUAUCACCCAAGGCUUCGCUUUCACCAAGACCACACUGAUGGCAUCCUCCUCACUGCACGACCGAGUGUUUGACGAGAUCCUGGAGAGCCCGAUGAGCUCCUUUGACAGGACUCCCUCUGGCAGGCUAAUGAACCGUUUUUCCGAGGACACGGACGAGCUGGAUGUGAGGCUGCCGUUUCAUGCCGAGAACUUUCUGCAGCAGUUUUUCAUGGUGCUGUUUAUUCUCGUGAUAUUGGCUGCUGUGUUUCCUGCUGUCCUUUUAGUCCUGGCCGGCCUGGCUGUCGGCUUCUUCAUUCUUUUACGCAUUUUUCACAGAGGAGUCCAGGAGCUCAAGAAGGUCGAGAGCGUCAGCCAGUCCCCCUGGUUCUCCCACGUAGCCUCGUCCAUGCAGGGCCUGGGAACCAUCCACGCCUACGACAAGAGGGACGACUGCGUCAGCAAUAAGUUUAAGAUGCUAAAUGAUGAAAACUGCAGCCCUCUCCUAUACUUUAACUGUGCUCUCAGGUGGUUUGCUCUAAGGAUGGAUGUCCUCAUGAACAUCGUCACCUUCAUUGUGGUCUUGUUGGUGACCCUGAGUUUCUCCUCAAUCAGUGCUUCAUCCAAAGGCUUGUCAUUGUCUUACAUCAUCCAGCUGAGUGGGCUGCUCCAAGUGUGCGUGCGGACAGGGACGGAGAUCCAGGCCAAGUUCACCUCCGUGGAGCUGCUCAGGGAGUACAUUUCGACCUGUGUUCCUGAAUGCACUCACCCCCUCAAAGUAGGGACUUAUCCCCACGACUGGCCCAGCCGCGGGGAGAUAACAUUCAGAGACUAUCAGAUGAGAUACAGAGGCAACACUCCCCUUGUUCUCAACGGGCUGAACUUGAACAUCCAGAGUGGGCAGACAGUUGGGAUUGUUGAAAGAACAGGUUCUGGCAAGUCAUCCUUAGGAACGGCCUUGCUUCGUCUGGUGGAGCCCGCCAGUGGCACAAUCCUCAUUGAUGGCAUGGAUAUCUGUACUGUUGGUUUGGAAGACCUCAGAACCAAGCUGACUGUGAUCCCCCAGGAUCCUGUUCUGUUUAUAAUGAAACUCCCAGAGAAAUUACAGACAGAAGUCACAGAAAAUGGAGAAAACUUCUCAGUAGGGGAACGUCAGCUGCUUUGUAUGGCCCGAGUGCUUCUCCGUAAUUCAAAAAUCAUUCUCCUUGAUGAAGCCACUGCCUCCAUGGACUCUAAGACUGACACCCUUGUUCAGAGCACCAUCAAAGAUGCCUUCAAAGACUGCAUUGUGUUGACCAUUGCCCACCGCCUCAACAUGGUCCUCAACUGUGACCGCGUCCUGGUCCUGGAAAACGGGAAGGUGGUCGGGUUUGAUAAGCCUGAAGUCCUUGCUGAGAAGCCAGAUUCUGUGUUUGCAAUGUUACUAGCAGCAGAAAGCAAAAUCCGACUAUAA